CGUGUCCAGUCUUGUUGACAACUAGUUAAAGUUAAGAAAGUGAACUUAGAAAUGAGCACGUAUGUACUAAAAAGGUUGGAUUUCUUCUUUCUAUCUUCCUUCCGGUCGUGUCAGUUAAAUUUCGAGAAUUUAUUAAUGCCGAAUGAAAUGUGAAUUGGUGUGCCUUUUUGACACACAAAUGAAAAUAAUUUUUUCCUGAAUAUAAAAUGAUUUAACAGGAAAAGAAUUGGGUGAUUGUGAUGUCGCUUGAGAUGAAUUUCAAUAAAUGCAAAUAUUGGAAUACCAUUAUUUCAAUGUGAAUUGAUAUGGGGGUGCCAUGCCUUGCCCAGGUGCGAAUGCUGCACUUGUCACUUAUUAUAUUAGCGACAAUAUCUUUCCUGCUUUAUGUUUGCUAUAUGACAACUUCUCAGCCAUCGACUACUGUUUCACCAAUGAGAUUAUUUGAAAAUGAUCUACAUAUCUUCAAUAUAAGUCUAUCACAGCCAGAUCUUGGUGUCAAAAACUUAUCUGCACCCUUCAAUAAAGUGUCAUCAGAGGCACCCCCACCACGUCAAAUAUUAACAAAAUCAUCACUCAACUCAUCUAAUAAUGAAGUCGACUUAUCACGAGGAGUAGCCGCUGAGAUAAUCUAUGAAUCAGGACAUAUUGAUGUCAACUUUCAAAUAUGUCCGCACCAAGGAAGUGACUUAAAAUUGCUUAUAGCUGUAACUUCCGCCCCAUCCCAUGAAAAUGCGAGAACUGCUAUCAGAGAAACAUGGGGUAAUUUCGCAAUACGCAAAGACAUAGCAGUAGCCUUCAUGUUGGGUAUUUCUUCAAAUGAGACAGUCAAUUCAAAUAUUAAAAGAGAGCAAAACUUAUUUGGGGAUAUAAUCCAGGGUAAAUUCAUAGAUACCUAUGAUAACCUCACUUUGAAAACAAUUUCAAUGUUAGAAUGGGUAGAUAAAUUUUGCUCUAAAGCAAAUUAUGUACUUAAAACUGAUGAUGAUAUGUUUAUCAAUAUAUCCCGGCUUUUGGAUUUCAUUCUUAAACGAACCCGCGAAACUCGUGCUAUAUACGGAAGAUUAGCUAAGAAAUGGAAACCUAUAAGAAAUAAAAAAUCCAAGUAUUAUAUAUCACCCCAACAGUAUAAACCUGCAAUAUUUCCCGAUUUUACUACUGGUCCAGCUUAUCUCUUACCAGCCACUUUGGCAAAAGAAUUAUAUAUAUCUGCUUUAAAUCACACUUAUUUCAAAUUAGAAGAUGUAUUCAUUACUGGCAUUGUUGCAAAUAAUAUCAAGAUAAAAAGAAUUCAUGCCCCUGAAUUUUUGAAUAAAAGAGUUAAAUUAACGCCGUGUAAUGUCCAAAAAGGCAUUAGUAUUCACAUGAUUAAAGGUAUUGAACAAUAUGAUCUCUGGAAGAAAGUACACGAUACAACAGCUAAAUGCAAAUAACGUCUACCAAUGAUAUCGCGUAUAAACAAUCAAAACUUUCAAUUAAACGGCAGGUACCCACAAAAAUUGCGGUUCUGAAACAAUAUUUUCUACUAAUCGAGAUUAAUUUAAAUACACAACAUCUGCUGAUAUUAAAUCAACAAAUGGUUCUACCUAAAUCGGACUAACAAAGUAUCAACAGAAAUCCCAUCUUGUCAAGAGAAAGAGUAAAUGCUGACCAUGGUUCCGGUCUCAUUAGGCUCCGUCAGAGCAACAUAUGGAUAGCGACACCUGUCAGGAAACGAGGACCGACUGAAUUCACUUUCCUUACUCUCGAAGUGAAUUCAGUUGGUCCUCGUUACCUGUCCGAUAUCGCUGGGAUAUAUUCCUUCCAUUUUAGUCAAGGGGUUGUGUUGCUCAGACGAGGUCAAAUGAGACGGAAACAAACCAUGGUUAACAUCUACUCUUCCUCGACGAGAUUGGAUUUCUGCUAAUACUUUGAGUGAUGGUGAUGUGUUCGUUCAAUUUAGAUUGUAAUGUUUGUUGAUUUAAAAUCAGUGGGUGUUACAUAUCUGAAUUAAUUUCGUUUUUUAUUCACCUGCCUUACUCUUGAAGUUGUUUACUGUUUAGGAUUAUUUUGUACAUUUCGGUAAAAUUAUUGUAAAUCGUCGACCAUAUUCUCUUUGCAAAGAUCUGAAAUGUAAUUUUUUUUUUACAAUCAGAAAGUCGGCAGGAUAUGAACUGAACAAAUGCUAUACUGUCAGUUUUUUGAAAAAAUACUCUUAGAAAUAUAAAAACUUGUCUAAAUAGAUAAUAUCCUCAAUAGCACACUUGAAUGAUAUUCGCUAAAUGAUUACUCAUUAUUGAUCAGAUCAGUAUUUUCAAAAUAAUUUCUUUCUACUUGCAGAAGUUGACUCAUGAACUACGUAUUGAAAGAAUGUAACGCAAUCCAUUUUUAGUAAAUUGCCUCACUUUGGAUUAAUCAUAUUUCAAAGAAAUUGGGGAUUGUAUGCAUCACUUAUGAAUUAUUAACUUAAUCUCAAAGACAAACUGUAGAGCUGUGAAUUUUGCUAAUUAAAGUAUUAUACAAUUUUGUUCAUAAAUUAUAUAAUAAAUUUUGUACAUA